AUGAUGAAGGUAUAGAUACUUAGAAUUAUGCAGUAUAUUUGAAAUUGUCCAGGAUGCAUAGAUUAUUGCAAGGAGGUCUACAUUGCCGGAUCCGCUAAUAUCAUGGAGACUUUCAACACGAGUACGUAGUAGACCGAUGUAAAGACUUUUUUCGUCAUCAUUGAUUUGGGCUUCGUCCUCCUGAUCCAGGAGCUAGUAUCAGAGAGAUCUUGGGAUGAAAAAAAGAUUCACAUUAUUAUAGAUACAAAGACAUGAUCAGGUGAAUAAAAUACACUAAUGUCAGGACUCAGCGGGAGCUUGUUGCGGGCAGCUCAACCCUAGUAUGGUGGAGUAUGAUUGGGUGCAACGUAAUAGGAUCUUCAGAAACAGUGCUGUGAAUAAAAAGAUUUCAGGAGCCAUCGAGUCGCACCAGCGCGCUGGUACAUCGAAACAUGAGGGGAUUUUUUACGUCAGAUGGUGCAUAUUACAGAGCAUGUGAAGUCAUAGGAUGAAGGUCGUUUGUUUUCUUCCAUCUAGAAAUUCAUUUCCAACUCGUUUUGUUGGAGCAGAAAUACAAUGAUACUAAUAAGCAAAAGUUAGUGUCGGUAGUAGUGGAGUCCGGCAUGAUCAUCGAAAUCGUACUUGAUUGGUACCACAUUCGUGUCGAUAAAGUUAAUGGACUUCACAUCAAUUAUAUUCAGAAGGGAUGAACGUGAACAAAUUACAGAGACAUUUCUCCACUCGUACAUAAUUCUUCUUCGCUUACCUUGAAACACUUCUUCUACACGCUGGCGCAUCGUUUUUGCCUCCUAGACUUCACCUGAAGGCUUACGUCGGUCUUCAGGCUGGUGUAAAAGUACCCAUUUCGAACAAAAAUGUACCAUUUAAUGUACCACCCUACUUCCGAAAAAGUUUUUCUGAACAGAUGCACCGCUCAUGAAAUAAUUUAGGAAAUUAUUCAAAUGAAUACAAAUUCUACUAUGUCGUAAAAAUUAAAUGUGAAUGUUAAUGCUGAAAAAGAAAUAGCCCAACCUUCGUUGGGCCCCAAUCUGAAGAUGCUUUUCCAACAGCCGGG